AUGUGUCAACUCAAAGGCUUCAUAGUCAUCAUCGCUUGCCCAUUCACUUUAUUUUCAUCCACAUCUCUUACCCAGUUGCUACCUUCUUCUCUUGUCUUUGGCCCUUCACGCGGCGCAUUGUCAUCGUAUCACAAUACCGCAACCUUUACCAUGGGCAGGUCGAGGCGUGUUCGCAGUUGGUCUGUGAUGUUCACUCGGCUUCUGAAGACAAGCCCUCUUUACAACUAUAUUAAGCCCAUCCCAAACCAGGAACAACUUGCUAACUCGCUCUACAGCGCCGACGACAACACUGCCACCAAAGACGUCGACAUGGCGGAAGCAAAUCCUUCCGACACCGUGGCAACUCACGACUACUUUGAUGACGACGACAACAAUGAUCUCACACCCCCUCCCGAGAGCCCCACCCCACCCCCGAGUCACUACGAGGACACAGUCAGCCGUUCCUCUGAGCCGCCUGUUGGCGCUGAGGAUGAGAUAGUGGUCAACAACGCACGCGCCGUCGAGUCACCCGCGCCAGCUGACCAGGAGGAUGUCGAGAUGGCGGACAGCGAGGGGAAGCCGCGCAGGCUGGUCGUGCUCAGUUCCAAGCGCAAGCGAGUGAGUACCGGCGAGAACGUUAGAGACGAUAUCUCCGCGUCCCCGGCGGCCGAGGAGUGGAAGCCACGCAAACGCCAGGGUCCUGGACCGAAGAAGACGCAUGGAGUCGGCAAUGUCAAGAGUGUCAAGCUCGGCUACUGGAGGGACUCAAUUGCGGAGGACAAGAGGGACGCCCACUCAGUCAUAGGCUUCAUCGAUGUCAGGGACAGGUUGCGCACCAAGAUUGAGACCGUUUCCAGGGACGGCCGUAGCCUCAUUCACCGCUAUCCACUCCCGCCUGGUCCUGGCGGUAGCUGGGUUACUUUUGACAAGAUCGUCUUCGAUCCUCACCUGGUCAACCUUGAUCACUUUCAGGUUAAGGAGUACGUCAAGGUCCGGUACGAGCAGAUGCAGGCCAACCUCCCGGACGUCAAUUCGAAGGAGACGUUGCUCGGCGCUGUUCAGCAGGCUAUAGAGAGAGUGAAAGCCAACCCCCCGCCUGAGACUAACGCCAUCCCCGCUAUCGCGUACGGUCCUGAUAUUCCAGAUCACGUCAUCACCAAGCCCGAGCCCAAGAGACGCAAGGUCAUUAGCGCUGCACCUAUCGAAGAUGUUCUCAACGCCGUCGACAUUAGUGGUCGUCCAUCGCGAGUUGUGGUCGGCACCUGGAAACACUCUAGUUCAGCUAACAGGAAGGACCGGCACGCUGUCCAGGGCAUCUUGGCCCAGAACGAGAACUUCCGGUGCAAGAUUGUCAACCAAAGCCCCGACGGUAAGGAGGUCGGUGGAAACUUCCCGCUGGGCGCCGGUCAGAUCUGGUGCCAGUGGGAGGACGUUGACUUUCUCGAUCACCUGCAGGGCAUGAGCCGCCCGCAGAUCAAGGAGUACGUGCGUGUCCGUCAACGCAUGAUCGAUAUGGGCGAGCUUCCGGAGGACAGGGCCAAGAACGAUCAGCUGGCAGUUGAUGAGGCUCUCAGGCGUCACGCCCAGGGCUUGUCCAAGGAUGAGUCAAUGACCAUCGACGACGAAUCUUCGCCCGCUCUGCCCAUGAGGGGUACCCGCCAGCAGCAGGAGCAGGCGGCCAUGAACGGCAACACCAAUGGUGGUGGUGGCUACGACCAGACGGAGGAUAUUUCGAGACCCGCCAGCGUCCCGCCGCCUCAACAGCACGAGUCUGCUAACUUCCGCCCCAUCCGCCAGAGCACCCGCGCCCCUCGCCACUCGCUCCCGGACGUCCAGUUCCGCGCCGCUAAUCGCGGUUCUGCUCCUCAACAGACACAAGCCGUGGUCGACCGCCUGGAACGCACCAACAGCAUCGCCCAGCGCGAGAUCGCCCGCGUCGAAGCCAGCCAGAUGCGCGCCGACCAACGCGCUGCCAACCGCGGCUUCCAAACCCCGACCAUCCAGCCUUAUCCCAUGCACCCCCCUCCCAACUUAAUCCAUAAUCCACAGCAUCCACACCUCAUCCCCAUGGCUCCCCCGAGCGGCAGCGGCGGAAGACCCUCCUCACGCGCAGCGUCUGCCGCUCCUUCUCGUAACGGCACCCCUACCUCCUUCCCGCCCGGCCACACAGGCUUGCAGUACCCUCAAGGUCCUCACAACGGCGGUCCUCACAACGGUGGCCCCCACCACAACAACGGAGGCGUAGGCUCAGGCUCAGACCGCAAAUCCUUGUUCGACGAUAACAUUCAGCGCCUGAACCGGGUCUGGGCCGCGCAGGAGGCCAACAGGAUCAAGUUCUCGCAGGCGGCCGGCGAGACCAUUACUGGUGUCAACGAUGCUAAGAUCUAUGCGGGCAUCAAGUAUGAGCGCAAGUCGUCGGGUCCGUUUGAGGGCAAGCUUGUGUCCCAGGGAACGAUCAUCAAUAUCGAUGGGGAGGAUUAUGUGGAGUAUCGGGUUUUGACUAAGCCUAGCUUUUUUUAG